AUGGCUGCUUCAAGGCAGCAACUCAGAGCGGCCCUAAUAGAAUGCUUCUCAGGUUCGAGUGCAGCUCAGGCAGCCGACAGAACUGCAGCAGCAGCAACAGCAGAAGCAGCAGCAGCAGAAGCAGGACCGGUAGUAUCCAGGGGAGCAAAAGAACAGCAGCAGCAGCAGGAGAAACAGCAGCCUGAGGGUCAAUGGCCAGGAGUUUGUGAAGCUGCUGCUGGCAGCAGUGCUGCAGCAGCAGCUGUUGCAGCUGCUCCCACGGAGGUUCCUGCUGCUGCGCUGCUACCUAUGGAGACCCUCGAGAUGGAGAUGCAGUUGCUGCUAUCGGGAGACACUUUGUGCAGCGGCUCAGGAGAUUUGCUGCUGCAGCGCAUGCGGCGGCUGAAGGGAGCAGCAGAAGAAAAAAACCUAAACAGAGUGCCCAGCAACCUUAGAAGGAGACUGAAAAAAGCUGCGGCUGCUGCUGCUGCUGCUUCUGCUGCUGGUGCUGCGUGCAACAACCCCCUUCGCAUGGGCCAGCAGCAGCUGCAGCAGGCAGCAGCAACAGCAGUAGCAACAGAGCCAGCAGCAGUCGCAGCAGCCAGUGAUGAAGCCAAGACAGCAGCCGCAGAAGACGCCGCUGAUGAAGCUGCAGCAGCAGCAACACGAGCAGCAGCAACAGCAGCAGCAGCAGCAGAUUCUGGGCAAUGGGUGUUCGUAGCAAAACGGAAGAGGAGACACAGGGAGACAGAGACAGCAAAGGCAUCACGAUCAGCUGUACAGACACCGCAACACGCAGCAGCAGCAGCAGCAACAGCAGCAGUACACCCUGCAGAUGCAGCAGCAGCAACAGCAGGAACAGCAGAAACACAACCUGCAGCAGCAGCAGCAACAGGUGCAGCAGAAACAGCAACAGCAACAGCAGCAGCAACAGCAACAGCAGCGGAACGCUGCUCCGCUGCAUGCGCUUCGCUGGAGGCCUACGCUGAAGCUGCUGCUGCACGGAGUAGUGGGGCUGCCUUUGCAUACUCUGAUGCGGCUUUGCAAGAGUUGCAGCGCAUAGACAAAAGGCUAGAGGAACUGUCCUUAAAGCUGGCUGCUGCUGCUGAGCCAGCAGCAGCAGCGGCAGCAGCAGACGCAGCAGUACUAGCAGCACCAGGACCCGCAGCAGCAGCAGGAGCAUCAACAGAGGCAGCAGCAGUAGCAGCACUAGAAUCAGCCGCAGCAUCAACAAAUGCAGCAGCAGCAGCAGCAGCAAGAAAAACAGAAGCAGAAGCAGCAGCAGCCGAGCAUUCGGGGCCCCCGGAGGAGACUGCUGCUGCUGUUGCAGCAGCAGAUUAUGUACUUAAUGAGGAGACACUAGAAGAAAAGACACAAAAGGAGUUGUUAAUAAGAGAGACAAAACAAACAGAGGCAGCAGAAAAAGCAAUGCAGCAGCAGCUGCAUGCGGGGCCCUCCUACCCAAGGGGGCCCCACAGAGACCCCACAGGCGCAGCAAAACGAAGCAGCAGCACCGGCGUACCCAGCAGCAGCAGCAGCAGCAGCAGCAACGGCACCUUCCUGAAGCGGCGACACCGAAGCCUCAGCAACAGAGGCCUCCAAAGGGCCCGACGCCUUAAGGGCCAGAGGCUCACCGCUCCUGCUGCUGCUGCUGCUGCAGCAAGGAGAAGCACGCAGGAGACGUGCGCAGUCACACUGGAAGCAACAGGAGCCAGGUGCAACUUGAAGCAGCAGCAGCAGCAACAACAACAGCAGCAACAGCUGGAGGAAGGGCAGCGGCAACAACAGGAUCUGCAGCAGCAGCGAGAACCCGUGGGAGCAACAACAGCAGCAACAGCAACAGCAGCAAACGAGUACCCCCGAAGCGGUGAGAUGAUCAGGAGUAUAAAGAGAAACCCAAAGCCGCUGCAGCAGCAGCAGCAGCAGCACAAAGCAGCCCUUAAAGGGGCCCCACAGUCACUAAGUGCAGCAAUGGAGGUACGAACUCUCUCUAGGCGCAUGCAAACAACAACAGGAAAUCCAGCGCUACAAACGAGCAACGCAAAGACAGGAGGUAACCCGCAGCAACAGCAGCAGCAACAGCAGCAGCAACAGCAGCAAAAGGGCGAGACGCGUAAGCCUGGUACUUUACGAAUUGGGGGGGGAUCUGUGGUGCAGCGGCAGCUGCAACACAGCCAAACUUCAGCAGCAGCAGCAGCAGCAGAGACAGCAGAAACGCAACGAACGCCCCGGGGCAGGCAGGGGGCUUUGAAGAAGGCCUUAUCCAGCAGCAGCAACAACAACAACAACAUCAGCAGCAGAAACACCACCAACAGCAGCAGCCGCAGCAGCGGCAGGAACAACACCAACAGCAGCAACGGCAGCAGCGGCAACGGCAGCAGCAGCAACAGCAGCAGCAGCAGCAGCGGGCCCCGCAUGGGCAGCGGCGUACCCACCACCGGGGGCUGGAACGGCGGUGAGGGCCCUGCAGCCGAGUGA